UAUUAACAGAAGGGGUUAGCGUAAGGCAACAACAAACUCUAACCCGCUGCUUCUUCUCCCACAAAAUCCCUGUCUUUAGGUGAAAAAGAAGAAACCGCAAAGAGAUCUUCUUCAGAUUUCAAUAACAGAGAUACCGAGGAAGAAGAAGAAGAAGAAGAAGAAGAAGAAGAAGAAAUGUGGGAAUCGAUCUGUUUAACAUUGGCAGCCACCGCCGGUAAUAACAUUGGCAAAGUUCUCCAAAAGAAGGGCACCGUUAUUCUCCCUCCUCUUUCCUUCAAGCUCAAGGUGAUAAGGUCAUAUGCUGUUAAUAAAUCAUGGGCGAUAGGGUUUCUGAUUGAUAUAUCCGGCGCCUUGUUGAUGCUGAGAGCGUUAUCUAUGGCUCCGGUAUCUGUCAUUCAACCGGUAUCCGGCUGCGGCCUUGCCAUUCUUUCGAUCUUUUCACACUUCUAUCUACAAGAGGUAAUGAAUGUUAUUGACUGGAUGGGGAUUACAUUAGCUGGAAUUGGCACCAUAGGAGUUGGCGCCGGUGGAGAGGAGCAAGAGGCUUCUUCAGUAUCUAUUUUGCAGUUACCAUGGUUGGCAUUCUUUGUUGUGAUCUUGUUUGUUCUUCUAAAUGGGUGGCUUCGUAUUUGCAGGCGUCAGCGUAGAGAGCAAGAACUGAUGGAGUAUGAAGUUGUUGAAGAGAUCAUUUAUGGCUUGGAGUCUGGAAUUUUAUUCGGGAUGGCAUCUGUGAUAUCGAAGAUAGGUUUCGUUUUUGUGGAGCAGGGUUUCUCCAAAAUGUUGAUUCCUACAUGUGUCUCGAUCAGCAUAUGCUGUAGUGGCACCGGAUUUUACUACCAGACUCGUGGCCUAAAGCACGGUAGAGCAAUUGUGAUAUCCACAUGUGCUGCUGUGGCAUCGAUCGUUACAGGCGUUCUGGCUGGUAUGCUCGCAUUGGGUGAACGGUUGCCUUCAUCACCAGCUGCUCGUCUUUCACUUUUGCUCGGAUGGUUAUUUAUCAUGAUGGGUGUGAUAUUGCUUGUGAGUUCAACGAGACUGAUGCGGCACAUUCCAUGGCCGUUGCAGAACUUAAUACCUAGCGGAAUGGACCGGAAUUUCUGUCUAAGGAGAACAGGGUCCCAUCGAGUCAAGGAUCCUAGCCCAGCUGCUGUUGUUCCAGCAGCCACAUUGCACCAUCUGAUACCAACACCGGCUAAGGCGAAGGCGUAACCGAAGAAAGCAAAGGAUCACCGCAUAUUCAUACAUUGUACGAUGAUCCUCCGAUCAACUUUCGAGUCUUCAUGCGCCCCUCCUCCAAUCCCGAUCUGCUUGACGUUAUAAAUUGUGAAAAAUUGUAAAACAAAACUAUUCUAAAACUACCAUAAUCCAAUAUA